AUGAAAUUUUUGAUCGUUAUCGCCCUGGUAGCCGCGGCGAGCGCCGGCCCCAUUAAAAAGGAAGAGCGUAACAAGCGCAGCUACGAUCUAUCCUCAUAUGGAACUCCAAUUACAUAUAGCAGCACUCCAUUGCAAUAUAACAACGCAGUACAAUAUGGGACCGGUCUGCAAUACGGCAAUCCUAUCCAAAUCUCCAAUUUGAAAUCUGACUCAGUGCAGUCCUCUUCCUACCAAUCCAACAAACUUGAAUCAACUUCCUCGCAAUCAUCAAUCGUCCAACCUACAUAUGUUCAAGCUGCAAUCGCUCAACCUACAACCUACCAGGCCGUAGCAUACCAACCCUCUUACCAAACCUAUUCUUAUCAACCAGCUUACCAGGCAGCAACUUACCAACCCGUGGCUUACCAGUCUGCAUACGCAGUUUCACCACAAGUGUACAGCGUACAGACACCUGCCACAUACGCUUACCCCGUCCGCCAACAAGCCGUGUACAGACCAGUGCAAACCUACACUCAAUCUUACGCUCCCGCUCAGGUUUACAACCAAGUUCCACUCCAGAACUACCAGACCUACCAGACCUACCAAACCAACCCAAUCCGUAGCUACAACUACGCGCCUCUAAGCUGGCAAUCUGGAAGCUACGGCAAAGCCUACAACUAUGACCCUUGGUGC